UAAAUACAAUGUGUACAACUAACAUUUAACGUUUUCGAUUUGCCAAAAAAGUAAACCUUGAUAUUUUGAGAAUUACUGAUUAAGAUUCAAGGAAUUCGUACUAAAACAUUUUUUAAAGCGAAAAAAAAGAAAUGUGAAAUAAAUAGAUUGACUACGAUGCAUAGGGCUUUAUAUGCAUAUACGGAUUAAUCGAACAAAUGAAUGCUAUGAAUUAACAGGAAGGGUCUUAAACCGUUGUACAUAAUACUGUUGAUUUGAAGAAUUUUUAAACUUACAAUCGAUCAAAAAGUAAUAACACAAUUAAGCUGAACAUUUUUAUUGUUUAAAGUUUAUGCACGAACGAUUAACAAAAGAAAAUAUCUACUAUGGAAUAGUGGUUGAAUGAAUUGUUUGGACAGAGAGUAGAAUCAGUACUGUGGGGACACAAUGGAAGGAAUUAAAAUGAGUUUGGUGGAACACUUUUACGACGAAAAUAGUGACGGUGAUCCAAUAGGCCUGGAGCGAGCUUACGAAGUGCUUUGUCUUGCCGGCUACAAUCCGAUAAUAGAAGAGCUGAAGGGAAAGAUCAAACGCGAAGGCGAAAAAAUCACGUUGGCGAAACUUCAAGAGCUCGCUGGCUCCUUGGGGGACCCCAAACACACAAUGGAAAGAGCGUUAGCUGUGCUUGACAAGAAUGGCAAUGGAACAAUAGAACUUGAUAAACUUAAGUCAAUCCUUAAGUCGGGAUACUUCAGCAACUCAGGAACAGGUGACGACAACGGAAUCAUUGAGUUUUUCACUUCUGCGGACACGAAUGGAGACGGGCAUUUAGAUAUCGAAGAAUUGACCAGAAUGAUAUGCGAAGGACAAGUCAGCCGAAAGCAGUAAUAGCUGGCAACAAAAAGUGUUUAGAUGACUACUCUGCAACAUCACCUGGACAUAUUUCACUUGGCAUAAAAACUGCGACAACACUUGUGUCAUGUUUUUCCGUGUUACUGUUUUAUUUCUAUGAACUUGCUGUGGUUAAUAAGCUCUUCAUUAGAAUGGAUUCGUUUUCGAAUAGGUUAAGUUGUUUGAUCCUGUGAGAAUGGUCCGUCGUUUUUGCUGCGGCGCAACUUCAGGUUCGGUAUAUGAAAAGGAGUCCUUAUCGAUGCAUGCACAUAUGAAUGUGCAGCUGCAGUAGUAAUGAAAUUUUAGAUAGAGUGAUUAAGGUGUGUUACCUAUGCAUAACCUAGUUCAUAUUAUGUUGUAUAAUCAUUUUGCAAAACAUUGUAUGUCAAAUGCGUUAUUCACACAUAGCUAAGUGAUACACGAUACAAAUAAACAGAGAACCAAACUGA